AUGGCGGCGGGCAGUGGAGGUUCCGGGCGGCGGCGACGUGGGGCGCUGCGGCUGCUGAUGCGGGUCGGGUCGGUGCUGCUCACACGUUUCCCUUUCUGGCACUGCUUCAGCAGCCUCCUCCUCAAUGCCGAGCGCGCCGAGCACCGCAGGAAACCAGAUAUUCAGGUCCCCUACCUCUACUUUGAUAUGGGGGCCGCGGUUCUGUGUGCCAGCUUCAUGUCCUUCGGGGUGAAGCGCCGGUGGUUUGCCCUGGGAGCUGCCCUACAGCUGGCUAUCAGCACAUACACAGCAUAUCUUGGUGGCUAUGCACAUUAUGGAGACUGGCUGAAGGUGAGGAUGUAUUCACGGACAAUAGCCAUUAUCGGCGGCUUCUUGGUCUUGGCCAGCGGAGCCGGAGAGAUCUACCGCCAGAAACCCCGGAACAGGUCGCUGCAGUCCACUGGACAGGUUUUCAUUGGCAUCUACCUCAUUUGUGUGGCCUACUCCCUUCAGCACAGCAAGGAGGACCGUCUGGCCUAUCUCAGUGGCCUCCCCGGUGGGGAAAUCGCCUUACAGCUUCUCUUCGUUCUCUACGGCAUCCUGGCCCUCUCCUUCCUGUCCGGCUAUUACAUCACCCUGGCGGCCCAGAUCCUGUCGGUCAUCCUCCCGCUGGUGGUCCUCUUCAUCGAUGGCAACUUGGGAUAUUGGCACGACUCCCACCGAGUUGAGUUCUGGAACCAGAUGAAGCUGAUCGGGCAGAACGUUGGCAUCUUCGGGGCGGCCGUCAUCCUGGCCACGGAUGGCUGAGAUCAGGCCCUGUGUGAGACCGGAGAUUACAGUGCUGUUUUGGGGGCGGGGAUGGGGUUGCAGGGAAAAGAAAAGAAGACUAGGAUUUGGUUUUUUAAAAAUCACCUAUUUAUAUUUUGGAGGGUUUUGUUUUUAUUGCAUCUUGCGAAUGUUUUGCUCCUCUGCCCUGGGCAGCUAAAUGAAGAAGAUGGGUUUUCUUCAAAAUCGAGAGUCAUUCCUGUAUUCCUUCCCCCUCCUGCUCUCGAGGACAGUCCUGUGGAUCUCCGUCUUCUAGUAGCCGAGAGUUUGUGAGCAAGCAGUUAAGUCCAUGAAGACUGUUGGGCUAAAGCUAAUGUUAACUCUGGCUGUGGGUUGUCGCUUCCUGCCCCUUCAGUCGAGUAGAGGAGAUUUGGCUUUGCCGUGCCGCCUGGUAUCCUGCAGAGGGUGAGGCUGGAUCUCCACUGCCACCUUGGGUAGCCAGAGGCAGAAUUAGAAUUCGACUCUCGUUUGCUUGCUUAUUCAGGAGAGCUUAGAUGAGCUAACUAUGGGUGAAGCUGUUAAGAGAUCUGGGCCUUUUGAGAACGUCCCAGGAUUUAAAGCACGGGAUUGUUCUCUUAAGAUCUUGUCAGGCAGUCUUAUAUUCUUAUGGACAGUGUGAUAGACAAUGGCCGGGUAGAAUCAGCUUCCUCUGGAGUAGGUCUGGAAGUAUACAGCAAGAAGCUUCUGGCCUUCACUCUUACGUAAUAUGCCAUAUGUAUACAGGCUGCAGCCAAUCCCAGUGCAUGGAUUAACCCUCCGUUGGUUUUGUUUAGCAUAGCAUGGUGGGAAAGGCAGGACUAAUCCUGCACCUGGUCCAGGCGAGCGAAAAGCUGCUUUCCAAAUGCUGUGCCACAGAGAUGGCCUUUCAGCCACAUUGAGGAAAGAAUUGUGAGAAAGGGAUGCCCCUGAACCGCGUGGGGCUGAGAGCGGCCUUUGCCCCUCACCCUGGAGGUGUCUGGAUCAUUGGGAACCCUGGGUAAGAAGAAGAAGAGCUGGGUUUUAUACCCUGCUUUUCUCUACCCUAGGGA